CAGUAGAACAAAAAUGGAGGAGCAGAGCCCCAAGAAGACGAAGCAGAAGCAAGCAAGGUUCUGCACAUGGGUCACCGCAUCAAUCUUAUUCAGACUCAUCCUCAUCUACUUCCCCCAAAAUCUCAACCUCUCUUCCCGCCCUGAAGUCUCCACUCCCCUCACCAGCCUCCGCCGCCUGGCCGAAGGAUACUGGCUGAAGCAAUCUUCCAUGUCUCCCUACGCAGGAUCUAUGUACCACGGAUCUCCUCUCUUACUCUCUCUCCUCGGCCCACUCACACUCCAACGAAUUGACGGGCAGCCGAGCCAUCUUCUAUGCAGUUUGGUUUUUGUGGCUGCAGAUAUAUUGAAUUCAUUGCUUAUUCGUGCUACUGGCCAGACUCUUCAGAUUGCAUAUAGGAAGAGUUUGAAAUCACUAGAUGUUGAUUUUAUAUCAGAAACCAUGGAGAUCCUACCUUCGGGAAAUAUUGCUGCUCUAAUCUACUUGUGGAACCCUUUCACCAUAGCUGCAUGUGUGGGGUUGUCAACGUCUCCAAUUGAGAAUCUGGCCAUUAUGUUGGCCCUAUAUGGAGCAUGUAAACGAUUGGUUCCCUUGGCUGCUUUUGGAUGGGUCAUGGCAACACACCUAUCUCUUUACCCUAUAAUUCUCAUUAUUCCAAUUAUUCUCUUAUUAGGUAAUGGUCCAGAUACUCCUAGGAAAUUGCUCUUGCUGAAAAGAUAUGGUAAAGUUGAAGAAAAUUCCUCAAGUGAUAGUUGCCAACAGGAGAAAGUCAUUGAUCGAUCAAAACUACUCGAUCUCUUUUCUUGGAGACAUGUCAUGCAUUUCUUAUUGUGGACUGUUCUGUGGUCAGUCUAUGUGUUACUUCUGUGCAGCGUAUCUGUUAAACAAUAUGGAGGUCUUUGGGAGAUGUUUACAAGCAUGUACGGUUUCAUUCUAACUGUACAGGAUUUGUCUCCAAACAUAGGUGUCUUAUGGUAUUUCUUUGCGGAGGUCUUUGAUUUUUUCAGAAAUUUCUUCCUGAUUGUUUUCCAUAUGAAUAUUCUCUUUAUGAUAUUCCCAUUGGCCAUACGGCUGCACCACCGCCCCUGCUUUCUUUCUUUCGUGUACAUAACAAUCUCUUCAAUGCUCAAGUCUUACCCAUCUGUUGGGGAUUCAGCUCUGUACUUGGGUUUGUUGGGCUGGUUUGUUCAUGAACUGUCAGAAAUGAAAUUUUCGUUCUUCCUGUUCUGUGUUUAUGUUGGGGUUUCCCUCUUUAGCCCUGUGAUGCACAACCUAUGGAUAUGGAGGGGAACAGGAAAUGCAAACUUCUACUUUGCGACUGCGAUGGCUUAUGCGUGUUUGCAGAUUGUUUUGGUGGUUGAGAGUGUAAGUGCAAUGCUCAAUCACGAUAGGAAGUUGAGAAAGCUAUCAAGUGCAAAGCUUCAAGAUGAUUAUGAUUAAUCGUUUUCUAUAGCAUGCAGUUUCUUUCCAAUCAUCCAACUUCUCAGUAUAUUCCUAGCAGCACAGACUUCCUUUUUAACUUCUGUCUGGUGAUCAUGAAUCGGAAGGUCAAUACCCUGUUCAGAACAAAAUUCAAUCAGUAUCUGUGGGGGGGGGG